CACGGGGACCAUUCGCCACCGACGGCAAAGUCGUGAAACGCCUUCACCGCACUCCGUCUCCGUGUCGGCCUCUGCAGGGUCUAAACUGCUAAAGAAGCUUUAACCUUAAGGGGGCCUCAGGGAGAGAGGAGUGGUGCUGUUGCUGCCGAGAGCCCCAUCGCCGCGGCUCCGGGUCCUGGGUGCCGGGCCCCGGCCUGUGGCGGCGAGCGGCGGCCGCAGGAAGCGGCGGCGGCGGCGGGCGACCCGCCCGGGUCUCCGUCGCUCCGUGCAGGGCUGGGAGAGGGGAGCCGCCAUAUUGGAGCCGGACCCGAAGGUGCCUUGCAGCCGCCGCGCGAAGCGGGUGGAGGUGGCGGCCCUGGCCUGCACUUGGGAGGAGUCGGCCGCGCCGGGGCCCUCAAGGCUGGGGAGUGAAUGAGCUGCUCACGCUAGUCUCUUCCCCGCCCACUCCCUCCACUUUCCGCCGCCGGGACCGGGCCGGGAGGGGGCCGGUGGCGGCCGUGGCGGCGGCAGGAUGUUCUCCAAGAAACCGCACGGGGACGUGAAGAAGUCUACCCAGAAGGUGCUGGACACCAAGAAGGACGCGCUGACCCGCCUCAAGCACCUGCGCAUCGUCAUCGAGAAUGCAGAGUCCAUUGAUCUUAAACAGUUUUUUGACCAACAUUUUUCACAUAUAUAUUAUGUGUUUUUUGAGAAUUUUGUUACUAUUGAAGCUAGUCUUAAACAGAAAGGUCACAAGUCUCAAAGGGAGGAAUUGGAUGCUAUACUUUUUAUUUUUGAGAAAAUUUUACAACUUCUUCCAGAAAGAAUUCAUCAGCGAUGGCAGUUUCAUAGUAUUGGAUUGAUUUUAAAGAAACUACUACACACAGGAAACUCCUUGAAGAUUAGGCGGGAAGGUGUUCGUCUUUUCUUAUUAUGGUUGCAAGCUCUUCAGAAUAACUGUAGCAAAGAACAGCUUUGGAUGUUUUCAUGCUUAAUUCCUGGAUUUUCAGCACCACAAUCUGAAUAUGGACCUCGAACUUUAGAUAAUCUCAUUAAUCCUCCACUCAACCUUCAAGAAACUCAAGUCACUAUAGAGGAAAUCACUCCGCUUGUCCCACCACAAUCAGGCGAUAAAGGACAAGAAGAUCUUACAAGCUAUUUUCUUGAAGCACUUUUAAAAUAUAUAGUAAUUCAGGUAAAAAGUUUAGAAUGGAAGAAUAAAGAAAACCAAGAAAAAGGAUUUUCAUUUUUGUUUUCACAUUUUAAGAAAUAUUACUUGCCUUAUAUUUUUCCAAACAUCUGUAAGGAGAAUAGUUUAUAUCAUCCUGUACUUGAUAUCCCACAGAUGAGACCAAAGCCACAUUAUGUCAUGAUAAAGAAGGAUGCUGAAAUCAAUGAAGCAAUCUAUUGUACAAAGGAGCCUUUCAUUAAGGCUCGUGUUACUGUUAUUCGUUGGCUGGUUUCAUUCUGGUUGGAGCCAAAGCCACACACAGGACCUCAUAUUCCUGGGAUGGAAGGUGAAGCCUUGCCAAAGAAUAUUCAGAGAGCAGCUGCUAGUUUGGUAUCCAGAGAAGAAAACAAAAAUGAUAGUGCUGAGAAAGCAGAUAGAACUGCAGAACCUGAACAGUCUCAUUCCAACACGAGCACUCUCACGGAGCGAGAACCUAGCUCUUCUAGUCUCUGUAGUAUUGAUGAAGAGCAUCUCACAGACAUUGAAAUAGUUCGCAGAGUUUUUUCUUCUAAAAGAAGUAAUGUAAACUUUGUCAUAGAGAUAUUUCGUCAGGCAUUUUUAUUACCAAUUUGUGAAGCAGCAGCUAUGAGAAAAGUGGUAAAAGUAUAUCAAGAAUGGAUCCAGCAAGAGGAAAAACCUUUGUUCAUGCAAGAGCCUGAAGAAAUUGUGAUCUCUUCUUCAGACUUACCAUGCAUUGACAGUGUCACAGACCAUGAUAUUUCAAUGGAAGAAGGAGAAAAGAGAGAAGAGGAAAAUGGGACCAGUAUUGCUGAUCAUGUUCGAAAUUCCACUUGGGCAAAAAAUGGCACCUACCAAGAUGUUCUUCAUAAUGCUUCUGAAGAAGCCAUAGAACAAAACAUACGAGCUGGUGCCCAGGCAGUUUUGCAGGUUUUUAUUAUAAACUCCUCAAACAUAUUUCUUCUUGAACCUGCAAAUGAGAUAAAAAGUCUUCUGGAUGAGCACACAGAUAUGUGUAAACGAAUUCUUAACAUUUAUCGGUUCAUGGUUGUGCAAGUAUCAAUGGACAAGAAGACUUGGGAACAGAUGCUGCUUGUGUUGCUCAGAGUCACGGAGUCUGUACUGAAGAUGCCAUCACAAGCUUUUCUACAGUUCCAGGGGAAAAAAAAUAUGACCUUGGCAGGUCGACUUGCAGGACCACUUUUCCAGACUCUUAUAGUUGCCUGGAUUAAAGCAAAUCUAAAUGUGUACAUCUCCCGAGAACUUUGGGAUGACUUACUCUCAGUAUUGUCAUCGUUGACCUAUUGGGAAGAGUUAGCCACUGAAUGGUCACUGACUAUGGAGACACUAACUAAAGUUUUAGCUAGAAAUUUAUAUAGUUUGGAUCUCAGUGAUUUACCAUUGGAUAAGCUGAGUGAACAGAAACAAAAAAAACACAAAGGGAAAGGAGUGGGACAUGAAUUUCAGAAAGUUUCAGUUGACAAGUCAUUUUCUAGAGGAUGGAGUCGUGAUCAGCCUGGCCAAGCCCCAAUGAGACAGAGAAGUGCAACAACCACUGGUUCCCCAGGAACGGAAAAGGCAAGGAGUAUAGUACGGCAAAAGACAGUUGAUAUUGAUGAUGCUCAAAUACUUCCUCGUCCAACUAGAGUCAGACAUUUUUCACAAAGUGAAGACACUGGAAAUGAAGUUUUUGGUGCUUUGAGUGAGGAGCAGCCAUUGCCUCGAAGUAGCAGCACUUCUGACAUCUUGGAACCAUUCACUGUUGAACGAGCCAAAGGUGCAGUUCCUGUCAUUGACAGUUCAUCCCGUCAUGCACCAAGCUUGCAGAGUUCCACAGAGGCUUCUUCAAUAACUAGAUCCACUGAAAGCCACAUCACUGAUACUCAUAGUAGAGAGUCUUCUCUGGAAGUUGGUGAUAGCAUAUAUGACCAUCUUUGUCACUUAAUAGAUCCAGUAGAACUUGCAGAUUCAGCUUUUGAACAAAUCCAGUACAUUGACCUUGAAGGAGACGAUGAUCUUCUUUCCUCCCUGAAAGAAUAUUUUAAGGAAAAUCAGGAAAGUCAUAGUAAAAAUGAGUUAGAUAAAGAUGCAGCUUCGCAGGAAGUGAUUAUUGCAGUAAAUAGGGAUGAAAGAUCAUCCCUAGAUAAGUUAGACUACAUAGGCCAGGAAAGUAAAUCAGAAAAUACCACCUCUUUUGUUGGGACUCCUGAAAGCGUACAGUUUCAAAAAGAACCAAACUCAGCUGCCUUCAUGAGUAAUAGUGCACCCAGCCAGUUAGACAGCUUUGUGAGAACAAAAACUUCUGAAAAAUGUAAACAACUAAACAAUGAUAAACAGUCAUCGGAGCCUAGUUCAGGUAGCCCUUUUGAUAAAGAAAAGAGGAAACAUCUGUAUAGACAAGCAGCCACAGAAUUAGAUGCCUGUAUAGAUAUAACACUAGCUGAAAAGGUUAAGGGUGUGCAAAUUAAUGAGAGAAUCACUGUCCCACAUGUUUUACAUGCCAAGAAAACUACACUAAAAGCACCUGUUAACCGUAGAGUGCCUCAUGUUACAAGCACUGGCAAGCUUUCUCCAACUAAAAGGAGCUUGUCUGAAACAGUAACUCAUAGAGCCAAAAUCAUGAAAAUUGCUACUAAAAAACGAAAUAGUGUUCAUGUUACUUUUAGACCAUCUACUGAGUCAGUUCAGUUUUAUAAUCCUCUGGAAAACAAAGAGGCUCCAUGGAAGAUGAGACUGCGGAAGCUCAGUGGCUUUAGUAGUACCAGCAAUAGCAGCAUCAGCAGCCCCCACACCAGCUCGAACAGCGUUACAGAGCUAGUAAAACCUGGUGUGUACCGGCCUCUAGAUACGGCAUCAGUAAGUAGUAAAACAGUUAAGGAAUCUGCAGAGAUUCCCACCGCCAUAUUACAAAAAGAAGGAAUUGCAAGUAAUCAGUUAGGUAGUCGUAGUACUAUUAAGUCAUCAAGUCAAGAGACAGGACUACAGCAGGGCUCCCUGGGUGGCGUUUAUAAAACUGUUGUACAUGCUCUUUCGAAGCCGAAGGCAAAUGUUUCCCCACAGAGGCAGAACAGAAUGCCACCAGAGGCUCCACUGAGGGAUCUGUACAGUCAUGUAAUGGGCUAUUUUGGAAGGAAAGCUGCAGUCAAUAAAGAGGACAUGAGCACAAAACUGCCCCCUCUUAAUAGUGAUAUUGGCAGCAGCAAUGCUAAUGUUCCUGAUCUGAUGGAUGAGUUUAUAGCAGAACGACUUCGAAGUGGUAAUGCCUCAACUAUGACAAGAAGAGGAAGUAGUCCAGGUAGCCUCGAAAUUCCCAAAGACCUCCCUGAUAUUCUAAACAAGCAGAACCAGAUGCGCCCCAUUGAUGACCCAGGUGUGCCCUCAGAAUGGACUUCUCCUGCCAGUGCAGGAAGCAGUGAUCUUAUCAGCUCAGAUAGUCAUUCUGAUUCUUUCAGCGCUUUCCAGUAUGAUGGCCGAAAAUUUGACAAUUUUGGCUUUGGAACUGAUACUGGCAAUGCACCCUCUGCUGAUGUGGAUUCAGGUUCUGGCCAUUAUCAGAGUGCUGAAGAGCAAGAAGUGGCUAGUCUAACCACACUUCACAUCGAUUCGGAAACAAGCAGUCUUAAUCAACAAGCUUUUUGUACUGAAGUUGCAACGGUUACUGGUUCAGAAAGUGCCUCUCCGGUCCAUUCAGCUCUGGGAUCCAGGUCACAGACACCUUCUCCUUCCACACUGAAUAUAGAUCACAUGGAACAGAAGGAUCUACAGCUCGAUGAGAAGCUCCACCACUCUGUUCUUCAGACGCCAGAUGACCUAGAAAUCAGUGAAUUUCCAUCUGAAUGCUGUAGUGUGAUGGCAGGGGGCACUCUCACAGGAUGGCAUGCUGAUGUUGCUACUGUAAUGUGGCGAAGAAUGCUAGGUAUUUUGGGAGAUGUCAACGCUAUUAUGGAUCCUGAAAUACAUGCUCAAGUUUUUGAUUACCUCUGUGAACUUUGGCAGAAUCUAGCUAAGAUUAGAGAUAACCUUGGCAUUUCAACUGAUAACCUGACCUCCCCUUCUCCACCUGUUUUGAUUCCUCCACUGAGAAUUCUUACACCUUGGCUUUUCAAGGCAACGAUGUUAACUGAUAAAUAUAAACAAGGUAAAUUACAUGCCUAUAAACUUAUUUGUAAUACAAUGAAAAGAAGACAAGAUGUUUCUCCAAAUAGAGAUUUUCUAACACAUUUCUACAAUAUAAUGCAUUGUGGAUUACUUCAUAUUGAUCAGGAUAUUGUCAAUACAAUCAUCAAGCACUGCUCACCUCAAUUUUUUUCACUUGGUUUGCCUGGUGCCACAAUGCUUAUUAUGGAUUUUAUUGUAGCAGCUGGUAGAGUGGCUUCUUCAGCUUUUCUCAAUGCACCAAGAGUGGAAGCACAAGUUCUUUUGGGAUCUUUGGUUUGCUUUCCCAACUUAUAUUGUGAACUGCCUGCUCUCCAUCCCAGCAUUCCUGAUGUUGCUGUGUCUCAAUUUACAGAUGUUAAGGAACUUAUAAUCAAAACUGUAUUAAGCUCAGCAAGAGAUGAGCCCUCUGGUCCUGCACGAUGUGUAGCACUUUGCAGUUUAGGUAUUUGGAUUUGUGAAGAACUAGUCCAUGAGUCUCAUCAUCCUCAAAUUAAGGAAGCUCUGAAUGUAAUUUGUGUUUCCUUAAAGUUUACUAAUAAAACAGUCGCCCAUGUAGCUUGUAACAUGCUUCACAUGCUGGUUCAUUACGUACCUAGACUUCAGAUUUACCAGCCUGAUUCUCCCUUGAAGAUUAUUCAAAUUCUAAUAGCCACUAUUACCCAUCUUUUGCCAAGUACAGAAGCUUCGUCUUAUGAAAUGGACAAGAGGUUGGUGGUAUGCUUACUUCUCUGCCUUCUGGACUGGAUCAUGGCCUUACCUCUAAAGACUCUGCUCCAACCAGUCCAUGCUACAGGAGCAGAAAAUGAUAAAAUAGAAAAAUCUGUCCUCAACUGUAUUUAUAAGGUAUUACACGGAUGUGUUUAUGGAUCUCAGUGUUUUAGCAAUCCAAGGUAUUUUCCAGUAAGCCUCUCUGAUUUGGCAUCUGUUGAUUAUGAUCCUUUUAUGCAUUUGGAAAGCCUAAAAGAGCCUGAACCUCUGCACUCUCCUGAUUCGGAACGAUCUUCUAAACUCCAGCCAGUAACAGAAGUGAAAACUCAGAUGCAACACGGAUUAAUCUCUAUAGCUGCCCGCACUGUUAUAACACAUCUGGUAAAUCACUUGGGCCAUUAUCCAAUGAGUGGUGGUCCUGCUAUGUUAACAAGUCAGGUGUGUGAAAAUCACGACAAUCAUUACAGUGAAAGUACUGAACUUUCUCCUGAACUCUUUGAGAGUCCAAAUAUUCAGUUCUUUGUGUUGAACAAUACCACCUUAGUGUCCUGUAUCCAGAUCAGAUCUGAAGAGAGUAUACCUGGAGGAGGUUUAUCUGCUGGCCUUGCAUCAGCCAAUUCAAAUGUCAGGAUUAUAGUACGUGAUCUUUCUGGAAAAUAUUCAUGGGAUUCUGCCAUCCUGUAUGGACCACCUCUUGUAAGUGGUUUGUCAGAACCUACAUCUCUCAUCCUUUCAUUGUCUCGCCAAGAGAAGCCAGAAGAGUCUUCUACAUCUAAUGAAUGCUUAGAAGAUAUAACAGUUAAAGAUGGGAUUUCCCUCCAGUUUAAAAGAAGAUUUAGAGAAACUGUACCAACUUGGGAUACAAUAAGAGAGGAAGAAGAUGUUCUUGACGAGCUUUUGCAGUAUUUAGGUGUAACUAGUCCUGAGUGCUUACAGAGAACUGGAGUCUCACUUAAUAUUCCUGCUCCACAGCCUGUGUGCAUUUCUGAAAAACAGGAAAAUGAUGUUAUUAAUGCUAUCCUUAAGCAGCAUACAGAGGAAAAAGAAUUUGUUGAGAAACACUUUAAUGACUUAAACAUGAAAGCUGUGGAGCAAGAUGAGCCAACACCUCAGAAACCUCAGUCAGCAUUUUAUUAUUGCAGAUUGCUUCUUAGUAUAUUGGGAAUGAAUUCCUGGGACAAAAGGAGGAGCUUUCAUCUCCUGAAGAAAAACGAAAAACUACUUAGAGAACUUAGGAACUUGGACUCAAGACAGUGCCGAGAGACGCACAAGAUUGCAGUAUUUUAUGUUGCUGAAGGACAAGAAGACAAACAUUCCAUUCUUACCAAUACAGGAGGAAGUCAAGCAUAUGAAGAUUUUGUAGCUGGUCUUGGUUGGGAGGUAAAUCUUACAAACCAUUGUGGUUUCAUGGGAGGACUACAAAAAAAUAAAAGCACUGGAUUGACCACGCCAUAUUUUGCUACUUCUACAGUUGAAGUAAUAUUUCAUGUAUCAACAAGAAUGCCUUCUGAUUCUGAUGACUCUUUGACCAAAAAAUUGAGACAUUUAGGAAAUGAUGAAGUACACAUUGUUUGGUCAGAGCACACCAGAGACUACAGGAGAGGAAUUAUUCCUACAGAAUUUGGUGAUGUCCUUAUUGUAAUAUACCCAAUGAAAAAUCACAUGUUCAGUAUCCAGAUAAUGAAAAAACCAGAGGUUCCCUUCUUUGGUCCACUUUUUGAUGGUGCUAUUGUGAAUGGAAAGGUCCUACCCAUUAUGGUUCGAGCAACAGCUAUAAAUGCAAGCCGUGCUCUAAAAUCGCUGAUUCCAUUGUAUCAAAACUUCUAUGAGGAGAGAGCGCGGUAUCUGCAAACGAUUGUCCAGCACCAUUUAGAACCAACGACAUUUGAAGAUUUUGCAGCACAGGUUUUUUCUCCAGCUCCCUACCAUCAUUUACCAUCUGAUGCUGGCUCCUACCCAGAGAUUCUACCCAGUGAAACUCCCACAGCAACGCAGAUAGACGGGGCUGACCUGGCCUCUCCAAUGUCUCCUCGAACUAGCAAAAGCCGCAUGUCCAUGAAGCUGCGUCGUUCCUCUGGCUCAGCCAAUAAAUCCUAAGGAGACAGCAGCCCAGCAGUGAUCAGCAGUAGCCACCUUAGUAUGAACAUAGCAUUAACCCUUUCAGGCUUUGUGUUUGCCAUAACGUGCAUGUUCCUUCCUGAACAUUUAUUUUAGAAAACACUGGAUUUAAAUAAUUUGUAACUUAGUAUUUUAGAUUUGGGUUGUUUAUUCGGUUGGUUUUUUCCCCCAUACUCCAAGCUGCCAUACAGGGGGGAGGGGUGGAGUUUUAUUCUACACCCUUUACCUUCCCUAGAUAAUUAUGUCUAAGUAGUUUUACUUUUAAGUUCAUAAUUAACUUUGAGCCAAAAUAUAAUUGGACAGAUAGCCUCAUUAUUUUAUUUAUUGUGCCCCAUUACAACUUUAUGGCUCAGUAAAUAUAUAAUUUUUUUAAUAAAUGUACAUCUUGAAAUUUAAACAUUUGUAAAGUUGUAGCAAAAGUUGCAGAUCUGUUAAUACACAGAUGUGUAUGGAUUAUUUAUGUUAUCAAAAUAAACCACUUAAAAUAAAUGGUCUUUUAGCAUCUCAAGUUCCAGCUGAAAUAAUUUUAGCAUUAACUCUUUCUUCCCUAAGCAAUGUCUCAUUUUUUGGCUGUGCAGGUGAUGCCACAACAUAUCUAAUAACCAGAAAAAUCACUGUGCUGAACUUUGAUUCAUGUUUAGCUUCCACAUAUUUUUCUAAUGUUUUGCUUUUUAAAUGGUAUCACUGUUAAAUGCCAUUUCUGUUUUGAGAUUGUGGCCCCUUACUAUUGGCUGCUGGAUCCUGGUAUAUCUAUGUUCUUUCUUAAGUAUCAAAAAGGGUGGAAUGGGGUGGGGUAGGUAGAAAAAAAGAAAAGGAGAAAACUUUUCUGAUAUAAGUGUGUGGCUUAAAUUAUGUGUAUUAUUUUAAAAGGAAAGGGAACAUGACCCAGGAGUCUAAAUUAAUCUCAUAUUGUUAAUACUGAACUUGCAGGUGCAGGUUGGUAUACAUUCCACCCUCCAGAAGUAUUUUCCUACAGUAGAUAAGCUGCUCAUAUUUUGCUCACAUUUUGUUUUGAACAGGCAUCUCCUAAGGAAAUGUAGCAUGACAUUGGUACUAACUGCAUGUGUAAAUACAUAAUACAGCAAACUAUAAAAUAUAAAUUAUGUAUCAUCAUUCAUGUAGUAUCUACAAAUUUGUAACAGUGGAAAAAAGAUAGUAUUUAAUAAUACAAUAAAAAUAUUCUUAUCA